AUUGGAAUUCUUACCGCUCAGAACCUGUGUCAAACAACCCUGAGCAUGGCGACUCCAGGCUGUGAGCAUGCAGGCUUCACCUCACACUCACCUCUCUACAUCAGCCACCCACACACCGACACCAGGACCGCCUGGCUAGAUGAGGGGGAGGACGUUAAACCCCCCCGCAGCUUGUUGGGGCUUCCUGAGCUCAGCUGGCCGGACAGAUUGGCUGUGGAGGAGAACCCCUGGGUAUUGAGGAUGACAGAGGCCCCGGCUCCUCCUGCUGCUGCUCCUCCAUCCAGGACCCCGGAGAUGAGUCCAGCGAAGCCCAGUCAGGUUCAGGAACCUUCCUCUGAAAUGGAGGGCCAAACCGGGGAGCGAUGUCUGGAGCAGGUCCAGACCAUGGUGGUGGGAGAGGUGCUGAAGGAUGUGGACACAGCCUGCAAACUACUCAACAUCGCACCAGACCCUUUGGACUGGAGCUGCGUGCAUGUCCAGAAGUGGUUUCUCUGGACUGAGCACCUGUACAAGCUGCCACAGGUCAGCACCAUGUUCCAGGAGCUUAACGGGAAGGAUCUGUGCUCCAUGACAGAAGCAGACUUCAGAUUACACUCAUCGCAGUUUGGGGACAUGCUGUAUGCUCAUCUAGACAUCUGGAAAUCAACUGCAGCAAUGAGGGAGCACUGCCCACCAGAAGACAACAAAUCUACAGCGGAUGAUGAUUCCUGGACAGAGGUGAUCAGUAACUAUCCAAACCAGCCCAUCCACCUGUGGCAGUUCCUCCGAGAGCUGCUGCUCAAGCCUCAUAACUACAGCCGCUGCAUCCGCUGGCUUAACAAAGAAAAAGGGAUUUUCAAAAUAGAGGACUCGGCUCAUGUGGCCAGGCUAUGGGGCAUCAGGAAGAACCGCCCGGCCAUGAACUACGACAAACUGAGUCGCUCCAUACGCCAGUACUACAAGAAAGGAAUCAUCAGAAAGCCUGAUGUAUCACGAAGACUGGUGUACCAGUUUGUGAACCCUGUAUAAUGAAGAGAGAAAUUAUUUGAUCCAACGAGCUGAAGAGGAACUGACUAUAUGCUGGACAUAAAGUAAAAGUAACUCUGAAGCUCGUUGUAUUUAAAGCACCUGUGAGGAGUUUUUCACUGGUUAUGAAACAGACUGCAAUCAAUACUUGUGCCUUUUUAUGAUUUACAAAAGCAGACAAGAAAAUCAGCAACAGGGUUGUUUCUAUAUUGUUAAUUUUAAUGUCUGAGGCUGCUGCCGCAUGAGAGGAGGUGGAUGAAACAAAUUAACAGCAAGCAGUUAGAACUGCCUUUUUUUCUAUGAGUAAUAUAUUUGACUGUUUUAAAAAGUCCAGAUGAGUAACUCUACUUAUGAUUUCAGCAAAAGGUCAGAUUGUCCAUAGGGGAUGCCAAAAUCAACACAAAUUGGAAGUUCCUUACAGCAGCUUUUAUGUCUAUUUCAAUUGUAUAGUCUGCCUAUAUGCGCUUCUGCCUAUCAUACAAUCACAAUCAUUUUAAACUUCCAAAACUGCAUUUAAUUUUUUUUCUAUAUUGUUUUUAGCACUCCUUCAAACUAUCCUGUUUAAAUUUAUAUCAUAAAUAAGAAAUGUGUUUGUCUUUUUUUCAGAGAGGAGUUAGAUGAGAAGAUUGACACCACUGUCAAAUCUUUUAACUUAAUAUGUACAUGGAGCAAGCAGUUGUGAGGUUAGCUAGCUUUAAGACCAAAAAUGCUAGCCUUGCUUUGUCCAAAGAUUAAAGAACACUACAAAUUAUGUUUUUUUUUCACCCCUUAAAAAUGUAAUUUGUUAGGUUUUAGGAAUGGAGGGUGUGUUUUAACACCUUUGAACCACACCAGCCAAGCUGUUUCAACCCUAAGCUGGAUGGCUGCUGGUUCAGACUGCUUAAUAAACAUACAUACACGUGAGUGGCGUUGAUCUUCACAUCCAACUGUUGUCCAAACUUUCAAAGUGUCUAUCAAAUAUUCUUUUUUAACAACACUUAUUUUCCUUCUUUGAAGAAUAUUUAGAAGUUGCAGAGCAAUGCCUUUUUAGGGAGCCUAUUUUUUUUUACAUCUAGCAAGGAACUGCGGAUGGAAACUAGCCUUUUGGCUAACUCUGGCAUAUUUAAAGAAAUGUUCAUUAAUAUGCA